AGUUUUUCUAACGUUUUAGAAGCUCUCACUCUAUGAUUGUGAUUAAACAUUCGUCCUCGGCUUGAUCAGAACAUAAAGCUCGUGACAUUUCUGUGAAUCGCAAAACCCCAAAAAAGAAAACAAAAUAUGUUAAGAGCUCGUUUGCUCUGGUUCGGUCUUGGGUUUUCGUUGACAGGAGCUGCGAUUUCUCACCUGGUUUGGAAAGAUCUUCUGGUGGACCGCUGCGCUCUUUCCUCUGAUGUGAAGCAAAAGUUUGAUGCUCUUGAAGGUAGAAUCGUGAACCUCGAGCGUUCUUUAUCAGAGCCGAAUCCCGCUCAGGUUGAGGACUAAAUUUUACUUGGAGCUCAAUGAAGUUCUGGCUUUCCCUCUUUGUUAUCGACUUUAUUUUGGUUUUUUAAUGCUAAGUUGAACAUGAUUCUUUGUUAAAGAUCACAAUGUACUAGCUCUCUGCGUUAAAGUCUCAAGGUGAUUAUAUUACUAAAUUACUUUCUGCUUAUACACUUCAUUGUGACUAUAUUGCUGCUAUUUAGAGUCUCAAUGUGACUCUUGAUAGCAGUAAUAUAGUAUUUAUUAUAUGAAUCUUUGUAGAAUAAGAGGGUUGUUUUAGGUUUUGCCAUAAUCUGGAUUUUUAUUUCAAGGACUCUGAGUGAUGGUUUUACUUUUCAA